AUGGCGUGUCCUUUUCUCCAGGAUCCAGUUGAUAUCGAAGCGCAAAUUAUUCGCAGAGCUCUUCAUCGCAAACGAGUAAUUAGACCCAGAUUAGACAUACUUUCAUUUCCCGAUGAAUUUCUCCGUGAACGUUACUGUUUUUCCUCGCAGUCAAUUAUAUACCUAAACAAUAUUCUUAAGCCACACAUUUCAAAUAUUACACAUCGUGGAUCAGCCCUCACGUCUUUGCAGACUUUAUGCAUUGCUCUCCGUUUUUUUGCCAAUGGAUCUUUUUUAUACAAUGUAGGAGACGCUGAACACAUAGGCAAGGCAACUGUAUGUCGGUCAGUCCGCAAAGUAUGCCUAGCAUUAAAACGGCUGUUGUACAAUUUUGUGGUGUUCCCUGGGCAUAAGCCUAUAAUGAACAUCAAAGAGGAAUUCCACAGAAUUAUCAACAUUAUUACAAAUGUUGAAGCCAAAUGGCCAGGCUCUGUGCAUCAUGCAAGGAUUUUUCGCGAGUCUGCACUAUACAAUAAAUUUGAUCAGGGACAAUACGACGGCCUCCUUGUUGCAGACAGAGGGUAUCCCUGCAUGCCAUAUGUGAUGACGCCAUACCCUGACCCUGAGCCUGGACCACAGUCACGCUACAACCUGGCCCUCUGCAGAACAAGAGCAAAGGUUGAAAUGACAAUCGGGAUCCUCAAGGCCAGGUUUCAGUGCCUGCGGGGGCUCAGGGUCACCCCAGAGAGGGCAUGUGACAUUAUAGUGGCAUGUGUGGUAUUGCACAACAUUGCCACUAUCAGAAGGGAGCAACAUCCUGCCAUACCCCAAAUAAAUGAUGAGGAGGAACCUCAUCUUAAUGUACCUGAACACAGAAAUGGUCGAAUUGUCAGAAAUUCAAUCUGCAAUCACUAUUUCUCUGAUUGA